AUGUUGCCUGUAGAGAUCGAGACCCCUGAAUCCAAUGCAGUUGUCAAGAACCCCAAUGUUCAUGAGUUUGACAUGUUUGUUGCAGAGAACUACAUGGUCACACCACAUGCUGUUCAUGAACAUGACAAGCCCUACGUUUUGUAUGACAAUCCCCAAAUCCUUUUGCAGUCGGUGAACGAUGUUGAGGGUGGUAUGAUGAUUGCAGAUACGGGUUGCCAAAGACAGGUGGCAGGUACACCUGCCGAAGCGCGGUAUGCCUAUCCAGCAGGACUUGGAGGCAGCAUGGUGGCAUUGGGGGUGAGUUCAGUUUCAUGUGAUGCACCAGCACUUUUUUCAAGACCAGCAUUUGAGAUUCUUGGUGCAGUGCCUGACAUUGGAAAGGGAGUCAUGUUUUACCGUGCCCUCAACAAAACAUCCAAACUCUUUUUGGCAUCCGGUCAUCUUGCAAUCCGGAUUGAUGAAUGGCCAGACGAAGUGUUUGACUGGCCCCUGAGCUUCAGUGAGCAAAGCAUGCCUGAUGUCUUCAUCCCUGAUGCGGUUCCUCUCAAGAUCAACAAGCUGGAUGUGGCUUGUGAACCGGCUCGUCGACCACCUCAUGCCGCCACCAUGGUGCUCAACUAUGCGGCAACGUCGAUGAGACCAAAGAUCAAAGACUACAUCUUGGACAGCUACUUCCCUCCGCAGACGGCGGUGACCAUGCUGAAGACUGUGACCGCGGCCAUGGUGCAGAAGAACAGCACGGCGGUCUAUCAGAACGACCCCAACACCUGCGGCCACCCAAGCGGCCUGAGGACUUACGGGGCAGCCGGGUACAAGGUGCACAUCUGCGACCUUUGCGGCAACAGAUGGCGAGAGAGCAAGGACAAGGACAAGUCGUUGAUCCUAUGUGCACCAAAAGCCUCACCAACAGCGAAGACACCGCUGGGGCUCAAGACCGGCGACCCCUACUUCCCAAAGAAGCCUCAGGGCGCGAUGGCUUUAGCAGAGGGACUACGGGCAAGCUCGUCCGAACCAUGGGGAAGUUCUUCAGCUGGUGCGCGGCGCUCACAGUCGCGCUCUCUGAGUGUCCAGACGUCCAAGGCCAAGGCCAAGCCCUCAGUCCGACUGACGGCACAAGCACUGGCAGCCCGACAAGUGGCCGAGAUGGAUGAUGUGAGUAUGGGCAGUUGGGAUCUUCAAGAACAUCCGCAACAGCAACCAGCUCCUUCGAUCUCCUAUGCCCCGUCAAUUCGAAGCUCAAGGGUGAUGCCAGGGCGAAGACCAUUGGCAAAGAUGGAACCUCAGCAGGAGGAGUUGACCCUGGGCACGAGCGGCGAGCAUGUCUGGAUGGCACGCGCAGCGCACUACAACAUGGACGAGGAGAACUACGAGGAGGAGCCAGAGGAGGAGGAGAUCGAGAACGAGUACUACGACGAGGAGGAGGAGGACCGUGGCUGGAUGCCACUGCGAUCUGGUCUUCAGAAGAGGCUUCUUGGAACUAUAAGGUCUGUGAGGCAAGCACUGACCGUGGAAGCUCGACUAUACCAACAACAAGUUGAUCGAGCCAGAUCUUUGCGGCGGCAUGGCUGUGACCUGGUGGACAUCUAUGGAGGUUUUGCCAACAUCACCGAAGAGGGCUUGCGACAAGGGCUGAAGGUGAUGCAACCAGUUGACAAAGUUCAUGGGAUCAGUUUGGAAACCAAAGCCGACCAUCAACAACUUCGGCAACUACUUCAUCGGCACAAGCCGUUUCUCUCACUUUGGGAGAUACGAUGUGAUCCCUGGUCACGCAUCCAACAUUUGAACUACAGCCCUGAAGAGCUUGAGACUCUGCGCGACCAACAUAGGUUGUCACUCCGUGAGAUGGCCACCACCAUUGUGGAGCUCUAUCAUCAAGGCUGCCACUUUCUUUUGGAAAACCCCUGGAGCACCGAGUUUUGGGAACAACCUGAACUUCAACCUGUUCUACAACUACCUGGGGUGCAGCUGAAGAAGGGUUCCAUGUGCAACUUUGGUCUACGUGGUGGCAAUGGACAGUUGCUUCGCAAAGACACUGGAUGGGCCAGCGACUUGACAGAGGUGCUGGAUGAGAUUGCCAUUCCAUGCCCAGGCAAUCAUGAUCAUGAACUUUGCCUAGGAAGCAACGCUCGCAGAGCCCAGAUCUACACGAAGAAGUUGGCACGUGCUGUGGUGAAAGGCCUUCUUUCUGCACUUCAACAACGAGGCGAUGAACGAUGCUUGCGUCACAGCGAGAGCUAUGCCAGCUGGGUUUCUACUUCUUCUACAUGGGCGACAUCAUCCGUGCCAACUUGGUCUAUGUGGACUUCAACGACCACAAGCACUACUUGGUAUGUGGAUGUCAACCAGAAUGCAGAAGCCUGGCGACCUCUGCUGAUGGAGGCGCGCGCACGGCUUGAGAAAAAGGUGCAAGCCACGGCAACAGUGAAGCCAGACACGGCUUACCAUGAGCAGAUUCAACAACUGGCGCCUUGGAAACUGAAGUUGGUGCAGAUCGCACGCUCUCCAAAAGUUCGAAGGCUACCACUUCAACUGAUGCAACGGGAGGCCGUGACCCACAGAGCGGCGAUUUUGCAGUAUGAGUCCGGCCACAUUCACAUUGAAUCUGAGCUGGUCGAUGACAUCAAGAAGAACUCAGGUGUGCGUUUUGACACGCCCGUGGCCUAUGGCCUCUUGAUCUAUGGCGAGGCGCCCAGCUCCAGCUAUGACCCUGACGAGAACAAAAAGCAUGAACAACCAUCCAAGCCAAGGGCCUCGUCUUCAGCGACGCCUGAGAUGUCCCACCUUGAGCCGGAGGAGCAGUGGAUGCCCCAUCAGCCUGGUGCAAAAGACAUCACUUUUCCAGGACUUCAUCAAGGAGUUCCACGCUGGAUGUUGUCAGUGCUUAUGCGGGUGCAUGUGAACUUGGGACAUCCUGGAAAAGAAGCUUUGGUGCGGCACUUGGCGCAAGCAGGAGCAAGUGGUGAAGCCCUUCUGGCUGCAAAGCACCUACAUUGCCGAGUAUGUGAACGAACCAAAGCUCCCUCAACGGCAAGGCCUUCAAAGGUUUUCCAAGCCCGACGUUUUGGAGACCGACUGAUGCUGGACCUGGUCUUCGUCAGAGAUGUGACGAGCCAUUUGCACACCUUCCUCAGCCAGGUGGACGAUGGCACCACUUACCAUGUCAUGGACCUCCUAACCAGCCGAACAUCUGAAGAAGUUGCACAAGUGCUAUCCAGAGGAUGGUUCAAGUACUUCGGCUUUCCAGACGAGAUGCUGCUGGACGCCGAGGGUGCAAUGCGUGGCUGGGACUUUGAGGUCAUGUGCGCCCAAGCGGGCAUCAAAGUCAGGUUUGUGCCGCCUGACGCACACUACCAGAUUGGCAAGGCAGAGAGGCAUGGGCAAGCUGCAAAGCACAUCAUGAAACGAUUGAUCAGCCAGUUUGCGGUGACGACCGCUGAUGAGAUGCAGCAGAUUGCAAACAUGGCCUGCUUUGCCAAGAACACGAUGGCCAGAAGAUCUGGCGCCUCACCAUGUCAAUGGGUAUAUGGCCGUGCUCCCAAGGUUCCAACAGCACUUUUGAGUGAGCCUGAUGCCAUUGAGGCCAAGCAGGUGAUCAGUGACAGCGAGAGGCUUCGCAGAAUUGAAGAACAACGACUUCAAGCCAUGCUGCAGUACCUGCAGUUUGAGCACUCGGAAGCCCUCCGCAAAGCAGUGCUGCGGAAGUCCAGACCUUGGAGGGGUCCUGUCGAAGUUGGGGCUCGUGUGGCUUACUUCAGACAGAAAAGCCAAUUGGAUGGUGAGGGCACAGCUGAAGGAUAUCGCCAAGGAAUUGUCAUUGGCAUCGACCCUUCACCAACAGGGUCAAUUUGGGUCCGCAACAAUCGUGGACGCUUGGUGCAGGUGGCCCGCGAACAACUUCGAGGAGUUGAAGGUGAGGAGUUGUGGACACCAUCGAUGGAAGACUUGAAGAUGCUGAGAUCUGCAGAAGAAGAUCUGAGCAAGAAAUUUGCUGGAGCUCAUGACCAGCGAGGCCCAGCUCCUCGAGAGCAUGAAGAUCGCUUGAUCUUGGAUGCAGCUGGUGAACCUCAACCUCAAGCGGGAGAAGUUCCACCUCUUCUACUACCUGUACUUCCUCUUCAAGAUGCGGCUGCAGAGCCUGCUGCCCUUCCUGCACCGGCUGUGAGCUUGCCAACAACACCAAGAACCAGAAGGCUGAAGAUGCUGGCAGAUUCACCAACACCUGUGCCAAAGACACCAAAGGUGCCAAGACUUGCUGCCGCGCCUUCAACGCCACCUCCACAACCUGAGACUCAGAAUGUGGAAACCGGCUGGUUUUUGGACCCUGAUGGCCGACCCACUGUGGUCACCGAGAAUGCCAGUAGCAUUCCAGUACCUGGACCACAGCAUGACCCUGAGCACUACAAGUUCAGAUCUACAUGGUCUAUGCAAGAUGGCAUCUGGAAGAAGCUUGAAGACCGAGUACCUUGGGCCAAGGUUUCCAAGCGCGACAUCACCCAAGAUGGCAAACCUGUGGAACGCUUGGUGACUAGCUUCAGCCCUGACCAGGCGGUUGGUCACAGGCCAUCAAUUGAGUCGACUAGUGAGACUCAACGUGGUGUCAAGCGUGAUGCUGAACAAUCUGGUCUUCCUCCAGGACGCGACCAACCCACUAUGAGUGAUGCACAACCAUCUGCCGCUGCUGGACUUCCUGCUGGAGAAUCACAACAAGCGGGAGUACUUGCAGUUUUUUGCGGAGAAUGCGGUUGUGCAGAUCAACAACAUGAUUUGGAAUUUGCACAGUGUGUGAGGUGCAACUCGCGCUCCUUUGUCACCGAUCCUCGCCAAGUGACAAAUUGGUUUGACGAAGUUGAAGAGCGCCAUGCACUUCAGCAAUUACAAGACUUUGCGUAUGUCCCCAAGGCCAAACAAUGGUCUGAAUUCCCUCGAGCUGGAGUACAGGAAACUACGCUCCCUGCCAGAGAUGUGAUGGAUGAGAUCUACGAGCAUGAAUCCUACGUGCUGGAUGUUGGGCAGGCUUUUCAACAACUUCCUGACGGAGCACGACAAGAUCACAGCUGCGCGUGGAGUGUAGCCACAAAAGUGGAUGAUGACUCAGACUGGCACUGGCAAGAAGUUUUCCAGGACAUCAACAUCGCCCUGGACACCUUGGACGAGAACUUGAAAGCAUUGCCGGCAACGACAAAGACCCUCUUCAUCAAGCACCAGAUGAAGGCAGACAUCAAACCUGGCUGCCGAAAAGUGGGCAUGCGGAGGUAUCCGCUUGGUCGUCGAGAGCGACACUGGCUACGACGACAUGGCCGGCACCUCAUCAACCUUGUUGGAUGGGAUGGCUCACCACCUGAGCUACAACCUCUUUUUCAACAAGAUGACUUCUCCAAGGUGUACUACUCCUACGUCACGGACAUUGCCAACAAGAAGUUUGCAACCAUGGACCCUGAGGUCAACAAGGAUGCUGCAGACUUUGAGCACAAUCAGCGGCCUUCCUGGGAAGAGACUUCAUGGACUGCAGAUCCAAGACCUGACAGCUUCAGCGUGCAGUUCACAGAGACCCAGACCUUCACCGGCCCGGAGUCCAGUGAGGAGGAGAACGACAUGGAUGAGACUGCCGGUAUGGGCAGAGCUGCCAAACAAGCGCUCAAGAAGGAGACGCCUUGGAGAACAAUCUCAGCAGAAGACAGGCCCAAAUUCAUCAAGUCCAACCAGGAGGAGUGGAGUGAAUGGCUGAAAUGGUCCAGCUGCAAAGCUGUUUACCCUCAACCUGGUGAGAUUGACGAGAAGCUGAUUUUGCGAUCGCGCAUCUGCUAUCGCUGGAAGCCGAAAGAUGGUGGCAAGUGGUUCAAGCCGAAGAGCCGCAUUGUGGUGCUUGGCUUCUUGGACCCACACCUGCCGCUGCUGAGCAGGGAUGCGCCGGUUUUGGCCAAGAGCACUUUCAUUCUGAUCGUGCAGUGGGCAGCUUCUCACGGAGUGUCACUAUGGAAUGGUGAUUGCAAAUCAGCGUUUCUGCAGGGCGAGGCCGACACAGAGAGGCCAACUCAGCUCUACAUGAAGCCACCUCAAGAUCCAAUUGCACUUGAUUCAGUUCCUGAAUGGCGGCACCCUCUUUUGCUCUACGCCCUCAGUGCUCCAGUAUAUGGACAAGCUAAUGCACCGAGGAGAUGGUUUUUGCAUGUUCUUCACGUUUUGCUGGACAAGAACUGGGUGCAACAUUCAUUGGAUCCUUGCUGCUUCCUUCAGAUCGAAGGUGAAACUGUGACGGCCGUUUUGGGCAUUCAUGUGGAUGAUAUCAUUUGCUGCUGCCUCAACGGCUAUGAGCACCACCUGGAGGUCGUCAAGCAGUCCUUCGAGUGGGGAUCCGAGUGGGAGAAGGAUGACUUUGUGUUCACAGGGCGUCGCCUCAGACGCAUGGAAGAUGGCUCCUUCCGCAUUGACCAGGAGCACUAUGUGGCCGAUGUGCAACUGACACGCAUCAAGCAUGCGGAUGAGGAAUUGCUGUCUGACCACCCUGAGCUGAUCACAGAGUUCAGGUCAGGCAUUGGGAGCCUACAAUGGUUGGCUGGAACUACACGUGGCGACCUAGCUGCUGAUGUUUCGCUCCUGCAGAAACCUCCACGUGAGCUGACAGUGGGCGAUCUCAAAGAGAUUAACCGGGUCCUCAAGUAUGUCAGAGCCACUGCCGAGGCCUACUUCACUGUGAACCCCAUUCCGCUCGCCGAGCUGAUCUUCGUGGCCUACGAUGAUUCUGGAUGGGCAAAUGCCCCUGGAAAUAAAAGCCAAGGUGGACUUGUGGUGUUAGCCACCACGAAGCAGUGCUUGGAAACACCCCAGCAAGCCUCUAUGCUGGAGUGGAAAUCCUACAGGCAUCAGCGAGUGCUACGCAGCACACUGGCUGCCGAGGCAGCAUCCUUGGACCGUGCCUUCGAUGUGGGCAAUUUUCUGGCUUGCACCUUCAGCGAGAUGACCUUUGGUGGAUACAAGGCAACGACAGCCACACCAAUGUACGAGGUGAUCCCAGUGACAGAUGCCAGAAGUUUGUGGGAUGCUAUCCACAGGCUUAGCACCACCUUCCAGGAGAAGCGCGUGGAGAUUGACGUGGCGGCAUUGCGCCAAUCUUGCAGGGGUCUACGAUGGGUUCCCACGGAACAACAAAGAGCCGAUGCGUUAACAAAACGCAGCCAUAGCCUACGAGACUCCUUCAGAAAAUGGGCACAAGCUCCCGUAGUUGUGCUGACGGACUCACGAUCAGCCGAACAUGAUGUAGACAGUGCAGCAUGGAAAACCCCCAUGUCAACCAAAGAAAAAUCAAACCAGUGUCAUACCGAUGAAAUGUGUCAUGGAAGCAAGCAUGUUGGCAUGACAUGGGGAUAA